AUGGAAUUCCAGGAGUGCUUCUCGCUGCUGGCUACGCGACCUGCGCACGCCCACGAGCACUGUGAGGAUGAGCAGCACGCUGAGCACGAGCCACACGACGUGAGUGUCUCCGAGGAGGAUGGAAAACCCGACUCAGAGGAGGCCAAGGAGCCGGAGGACCUGGCGCUGCUGAGUGCCCGAGAGCUGGUGCAGACCUUCCACCGCCUGCAGGAGACGCGCGUCCAGAUCUACACCGAGUUCCGACAGGGGUUCCAAGUGCACCAGAAGACGGAGCAGUUCACGAGCUUCUGUUCUGGAAUCACCGAGCGCUUCUCGGCUGUGAGUGAGAAGAUCAACCGCGUGGAGAAGUUGCUGCGUGACGAGAAGCAGCAAGUGGCGAUCGCGCAGCUUCUGCGCAAGGUGCAGCUGGAAGAGAAGGAGAAACUGCUACUGACGUCGGCGGUGCUGAUUGAGAAGAUGCGUCUGAGCGACGCGACCAAGCAGCCAGAACCCGACGAGUCCACGAUUGCGUUCUUGGAGCGAUCGGUACAGACGCUGACGGCCAAACACACCGACUGUGUGGUCCGUAUCAACGAGAUUCUGGAGGAUCUGCGUGCUGAGGGCGCUGACCUCGAGGACGUCUAA